CCAGUCAAUCAAUUAUCUUUUAUUCUAAUUAUUCUAAUUCUUCACCCUCAUCUUCUUUAACCUCUCUCUCAUUUUUAAUAUAUAUAUACAAGUGCAGCCAGACAUCCCCUUCAAUUCUUACACACACAAACACAUUGGUUUUCUGCUUCUAAGAGGUGUUUGAUACAUACCCAUUUUCUGCAUAUCAGGUCUAGUUUUAUUGAGAUAGAGGGAUUUGAGCUGUUUGUAUAUCAGAAAUUUUAAUUAGUUGAAAGAAAAUGACAAUCGGAAGCCUUAAACCAGCUAAAGAGAAGAGGUCGAGAAAGAACAAGCAAUUAAUUGCUGAUGAGAAAGUGCCUCUGUUACCGACUAAGCAAGUGGAAGAUGGCGGAUUUGAUGAAUUUAAUGGGGCUUCGUAUACUGGGGCAGUUUUUAAUCUGUCAACCACAAUUGUUGGUGCUGGAAUCAUGUCCUUGCCUGCAACUAUGAAAGUCUUGGGUCUUGCACCUGGAAUUGCUAUGAUUGUGUUUAUGGCAUUCUUGACUGAUGCUUCUAUUGAGAUGCUACUUAGGUUUAGUAGGGCUGGGAAGAAUACUUCCUAUGGAGGUGUUAUGAACGAUGCCUUUGGGAAGUAUGGGAGAAUGUUACUGCAAGUGUGUGUUUUAGUCAAUAACAUUGGUGUACUUGUUGUGUACAUGAUUAUAAUAGGUGAUGUGCUUUCUGGAACAACUUCAAGUGGCAUUCACCAUGCCGGUGUUCUGGAAGGGUGGUUUGGAGUGCAAUGGUGGAACGGGCGUACUAUUGUUCUUCUUGUCACAACUCUGGGAAUAUUUGCUCCAUUGGCAAGUUUAAAGCGUAUUGAUUCAUUGAGAUAUACAUCUGCAUUAUCGGUGGCUCUGGCGGUUGUAUUUCUAGUUGUCACAGCAGGAAUCACCGUCUACAAGUUGAUAAGUGGGGGCAUCAUGAUGCCCAGAUUGCUUCCUGAAGCUACUGAUCUCACUUCAGUCCUUAAACUAUUUACUGCAGUCCCUGUUCUUGUCACAGCAUACAUCUGCCAUUACAAUGUUCACACAAUAGAAAAUGAACUUGAAGACAGGAAGCAAAUUAGAGGAGUGGUAAGAUCUUCAUUGGCUCUCUGCUCGUCAGUGUAUGUAAUGAUAAGCCUUUUUGGGUUCCUUCUAUUCGGUGAUGCAACUCUCGAUGAUGUACUUGCAAACUUUGACACAAAUCUUGGAGUUCCAUUUAGCUCACUACUAAGUGAUGUUGUUCGUGUUAGUUAUGCUGCCCACUUGAUGCUUGUGUUUCCUAUUGUGUUCUUUCCACUGAGAUUAAAUUUGGACGGGCUCCUUUUCCCAUCUGCAAGGCCUUUGGUUUUGAGUAAUGUAAGGUUCGCAGUAAUCAGCAUUGGCCUCAUUGGUCUUAUCUUCUUGGGUGCCAACUUCAUACCUAGCAUAUGGGAUGCUUUCCAGUUUACUGGAGCAACUGCUGCUGUUUGUAUAGGAUUCAUUUUUCCUGCUGCUGUGACUCUAGGGGAUCAUCAUGGAAUAGCAACAAAGAAAGACAAGAUCUUGUGCAUCUUCAUGAUCGUACUAGCAGUCUUCUCAAAUGUGGUGGCCAUAUACAGUGACGCAUAUGCAUUGUUUAAGAAAAAUGGAACUCCUCAGUAAAUGUUAUCUUAUUACGGUGCUACGUAACGAGCAAGAUCUGUCUUCAUGCCAAGACAGUUCUCCACGCAGGAUUCCCUUGAUUGAGUUGGGAAUUCCAUUUUUCAGGGAGCUUGAUGAUGUGUGUGUAUUGUGUAAUAAGAAAAACAUAGUGCUCCUUGUUAUGAGGCUUAUUUGCCUUCUUAAAGCUUAUUUAGCAAUAAUUGUAUGUUUUGUCAUUUGGGGGUCUCAAAUCUCAAUGUUCCCUAACCUGUGCAUUAUUGUAUGAUAUCUAUGUUCAAAUCUAGACUGGCUGAGCAAUAUGAUGCUCACUCAUCUAUUCAACACUUCAUAUCAUCUUCAUAUGUAAUAUGCUGUCUCUUGUCAAAGCACUUCGUAAGGGGAUUACAGUAUAUUGGUAUUCUCUGUUCUAUUUUUGGCUUA